AUGUAUUUCUCAAGAGCAACCAUUCUCUCCGCCGUCUUCGGCCUCGCGUGCGCCCAAGAGUCUUCCAUGACCGCUUCAGUAUCCAUGGCCUCCGCCACUCAGCCGACACUCUCCUCAGCUGUGUUGGGCAGCGUAUCGACAUCUCAGCCAUCUGCAAUGGCAGGCAUGGUCAUGACACACGUCGUCCAAGUCGGAGGUCCAAAUGGAAGCCUGACCUUCUCUCCCUCCAACGUUGUCGCACAGCCAGGAGAUCUUGUUCAGUUCCAAUUUCACCCCAAGAACCACUCAGUCGUUCAAUCUACCUUCGACAACCCAUGCACACCCAUCCAAAACAUCAUGUCCAACAAAACCGAUGCCUUCUUCUCUGGCUUCAUGCCUACGAACGCUUCCGUUACUGCUACAAGUCAAGUCCUCACAUACACCAUCCGUGUCGCAGAUGCGAAGCCAGUCUGGUUCUACUGUUCUCAGGGCAAGCAUUGCCAAGCUGGUAUGGUCGGUGCUAUCAACGCCCCUACAUCUGGCAACAAAACAAUGUCUGCCUUUGUCGCUCUCGCCGCUCAAGCUACGGAGAACCUCUCCCCCGGCCAAGCAGCCGGCUCAGGCGGCGCCGCAGGCAACACACCCACCUCGCCUUCAGCUGGUGGUGGCGCGAACUCUGGUACCGAUAGUACCUCUGGUGGUGCUGCAGGUGGUGCUAGUAGCUCUGCCAGUGGUGCUCCUGCUCAGGCCACUGCUAACGUUGCUGCUGGUGGUUUCAGCCCGCAGAGCUACGUUGGAGCUGCUGCUGCGGUUGUUGCUGCUGUCGUUGGUGUUUUGUAA